AUGGGGCUGGGAGAGGAGAUAUUAUCAAAGGUUACCUUCACGAAUGCCGUGCUGGGUCUCUGCGGCUAUGUCGCUCUCAGGUUUCUCUAUCAAAUCGUAUACUACCAUUUUUUCCACCCGCUGUCCAUCUUCCCGGGUCCCUUCUGGGCGGGCGUGACCCGAUUGUGGCUGGCCUGGCACAGUGUGAGAGAGACAGAGGUGGCUGCGCUGAUUGAAUCGGCGAAAAAAUAUGGCUCGGUUGUUCGAAUCACCCCUACACUCCUCCUCGUGAACGACGUCGAACGGCUUCCAGAUGUGUACCACCGCAAUGCUGACAAGACGGGCCACUAUGUCACCGGAAGUUUCGGCGAGGCAGAGAGUCUUUUCAACAUGCGAUCUCACAAAACCCACGCCGCGUUCCGAAAGCACGUUGCAGGCCCAUACAAUUUUAGCAACGUCAAGAGGAUGGAGCCUCUGAUGGAUGGCAUUAUCCAGGGCUGGCUGCAGAAGCUUGAUGAGAAAUUUGCACAGACAAACCAGUGCUUUGAUUUUACGUGGUGGGCAGUAUACAUGGCAUACGAUGUGAUUAGCGAAGUUGGGUUUGGAGGAUCCUUCGGCUUUGUCGAGCAAGGAAAGGAUGUAGGCGGUCUUAUCCAGGGCUUCCACGACGGCCUGCCUGCCUUUGGGCUGCUCGCUCGUCUCCACCCCUUCACGACAUGGAUCAAGACGACUUUCCUGAAGAAAUAUCUUGUCGCGUCGGCAGCCGACGAUUCUGGGAUCGGCGUGGUGAUGCGCUUCCGCGAUAAACUCAUCGCCCAGCGCCUGCAGGACAUGAAAGAAGGCAAAGACACCGGCCGCGUCGACUUACUGCAAACCUUCCUCGAGGCCCGCACCGACCAAGGCAAGCCCCUCGACAUGGAAUACAUCAAAGCCGAGGUCUUGCUGGUUAUGCUCGCGGGCGCCGACACCACAGGCACCACCUUCCAGUCGAUGGUCCAGUAUUUGCUCGACAACCCACUCAUCUACAAACGCAUGCUGGACGAGAUCGACUCCGCCACCGCCAAGGGUCUCAUCUCCAACAUGCCCCAGUACGAAGAGGUCAUGGCCUAUCUCCCCUUCUACGUCGCCUGCGUGCGCGAAACCCUCCGUCUCUGCCCGCCCGCCCAUAACAUCUUCCCUCGUCACGUCGCCGAACCGGGCAUCGAGCUAGACGGCAAAUUCGCCCCCGGCGGCACAGAGCUCACAGCAACCCCGUACAUCAUCCAUCGCGACCGCUCCCUCUAUGGGCCUGAUGCGGACGAGUUCCGUCCGGACCGCUGGCUGGACGCCGACCGCGCAAAACUCUACACAAAAUAUAACUUCUCUUUCGGCUACGGCUCUCGUAUUUGUCUGGGUAGGGAUAUUGCCAUGAUGGAACUCUUCAAGGCACCGCUUCAGUUCUUCCGCUAUUACGAACCCAAGAUUGUCCCCGGGAAACCUUCUGCCCGUUUCAUCGUCAAGGGUGGCAUAGGCUUCUGGAGAGACAUUUGGUUGACCAUCGUCAAGCGGCCUGUUCAGAAGCAGGCGUAA